CUAGUUCAGAUACUUUCUAUCACUUUUUAAUUGUCAAUUGUCAUUUGUCAUUGUCGUCCUUGCUGUCGAGAGCCGUGGUGCUUCAUCCUUUGAUCGUUUUACAAUUUUUUAGAUUUAAAUCAAAAUUAUCUAGUAUAUUGCAACAACUAAUAAAAAAUUACCAAAAUGCUUUCCAGGGCAGCAAUUCUAUCAGGACAAACCUCAAAAUCUCUUGUAGCUUCUUGCUUAAGGGCCACCAGUACAUCAUCACUAAAUAACCAAGUCGCCAAAACGGAUGAUAAACCUACCGAAGUUGGUUUUCAAAGACCUGUCAGGCAAGAACCUGGAAAAGUAAGACUUGGGUUCGUUCCAGAAGAAUGGUUCCAAUUUUUCUACAAAAAAACUGGUGUAACUGGUCCCUAUACAUUUGCUUUUACUUUAUCAACUUAUCUCGUCAGCAAAGAAAUUUAUGUAUUGGAGCAUGAGUACUAUACUGGACUUUCUCUAAUUAUCAUGUGGGUCUAUGGUAUUAAGACUCUUGGACCUAAACUAGCUGCAUACUUGGAUAAAGAAAUUGAUGAGUUUGAAAAAGGAUGGAAUGAAAGCAGAGAGGAGCAAAAAGCAGCCCUCAGCGACCAAAUAAAGGAUGAAGAGAAGAACCAAUGGAGUGUUGAAGGCCAAAAUGUCUUAGUUGAAGCCAAACGCGAAAAUGUAGCUCUCCAAUUAGAAGCUAACUAUAGAGAACGUAUCAUCCAAGUCUAUAGUGAAGUUAAAAAACGUUUGGAUUACCAAGUUGAAAAACAAAACAUUGAACGCAGAAUUACUCAGAAGAACCUGGUAGAUUGGGUUGUAGCUAAAGUCAGAUCUUCAAUUACCCCUGAUCAAGAGAAGCAAAACAUUAAUAAAUGCAUCAAUGAUUUAUCACUUUUAGCUAAAGCUUAAAAAAUUAAAGUUAUAGAAUGAAAAUCGUCUUAAAUGUUAUAAUUUAUGUACAGUUAUAUAAGUUAAGCUAAAAUUGUAGACAUCUUUAUGGAUUUUGUCAACUUUUUAUUCUUACAUGGUACAUUUAUACAAUGGAAUUUAAUAAGUUUAUUUAAUAAUAUAUUUUACUCCUAAAAAUAAAGUUAUCUUGAAAAUUAUAUCAGGUUUUUCCUUUAUAAUGAAUACAUUAUUUCAAAUGUGUAAU